AUGGGCAUACCGCACGACGUACAAAACUCCUGUUGCACUUCUCCUUAUCGGUUAGUCUUCAGCAAAGCUUGUCAUCUACCAGUAGAACUGGAGCACAAAGCCAUGUGGGCAUUAAAAAGGUUGAACUUGGAGUGGGCUGAAGCUGCAAAUUUGAGGUUAACACAACUCAAUGAAAUGGAGGAAUUCCGUUUCCAUGCAUAUGAAAGUUCAGCUGUGUACAAAGAAAGGAUGAAGUUCGUCCACGACAAAAAGAUCUUGAAAAGGGAGUUCAAGUUAGGUGACUUGGUUUUGCUCUUCAACUCAAGGCUCAAAUUGUUUUCGGGCAAGCUCAAAUCAAAAUGGUCCGGUCUGUUCAAGAUGGUCAAUGUCUCUCCUUUUGGAGCUGUGGAACUAGAAUCGGAGGAUGGGCUCCGAACCUUCAAAGUGAAUGGCCAGCGAGUCAAGCACUACUUGGGCACAGAUGGAGAAAAAUACUUGGUGGAGCAGUUGGCUCUCAAAGAUGGUCCGUGCCCGACCAAUGAGUGA